AUGCUCGCGCCCGGCGCCCGCGUGCGGCUGCGGGAGCUGCGCGCGAAGCCGCACCUGAACGGCAGGGAGGGCUCGGUGAAGGGCCAGAGCGGCGAGGCGCAGCGGUGGACUGUGCGGCUGGACGACGGGACAGAGUUUGCGCUCAAGCCCGCCAACCUGGAGAUCUUGGCCGCCGCCGCCGCCACGGGGCCCACCGCGGCUGCCGCGUCGGCCCCCGCCGUGGCCGAGGAGGUGCUUCACGGCCUGGACUGCGUCGUGGCGGAUGCGGAGUUGUCGAGGCGGUCGGUGUGCGACGCCAUGGUAUAUUGCAUGGAGCACGCAGGCUCCCACGCCGAGAACCUCGCCAGGCGCCUGGUCGGCGCCCUCGGGCAGGAAGGCCUCGGGACCGAGGGAGUGCUGGCCAGGCUGUUCGUCAUCAGCGACGUGCUCUACAACUCGAUCCAGUCGAAACGCAGCCGCAGCGCAGAUGCUUGCGAGAAUCUGGGCCGCACUUGGCUGCAGCCCAUCGCGAGCCGGGAGGAGCGAGCCCGAGGAGAGGGCGGGGUGCGGCGCGUCUUCGGGGCCUGGGAGGCGUGGCGCGUCUUCCUGCCUCUCUUCACCAAGGGCCUCGAGUGCCUCCUCCUGGCACCGGAGAUGCGCGACGUGUCCUGCAGGGAGGCCGCGGGCGAGCCGGACGAGCGCCUCCGGCCGAAGUUGACGCGCUGGUACGGGGGCCUGGAGCAGGCGGCUUUGCCACAGGCCUGCCUGGAGCGCGGGCUCAAGGGCCCGCACGCGCUCCCGCCGGUGCUGUGCCGGGCGCGCCUGUGCCACUUCGAGCGGUUCUGGCAUUUGCAGGUCGGGCGCGCGGUGCGGCUGCACAGCCUGGUGGCGGCACCGCACCUCAACGGCGAGGUGGCCGCCUGCGAGCAGUGGGACUCGGGCGCCGGGCGCUGGAAGGUGCGCCUGAAGACUGGCGAGAUCAAGGCCGUCCGGUGCGAGAACCUGAUGCUGCGCUUGUUAUGGCAGGGCUCGCCCUCGGUCUCGCCCCUGCAGUCCGAGAUUGGGCUGCGACAGGCAGGCUCCAUGGCCAUGGUUCCUCAAGGGCUGCCCGACCUUCUGAAGACGGCCCGCCCGUGGGACAAGCUGCACUGCCUGUACAGCCUGGAGGAGAGGCUGUACCACGAGAGGCUUCUGUGCGCCCACGUGGACGGCUCACGAUGGGUGGUGGCGACGCCUGAUGGCGACGUGUACGUCGAGGACUUCGCCGACGACGACCAUGUGGAGAUCCACCGAGCUGGUCCCCGUGGCGGGGCGCCGCCGCAGCUGCGCAAGAAGAUGCUGUACCGCUUUGACAUGGACGAGCAGGGGCUGAUCGCCCUCAUGGACGAGGGGGUGCGGCUCUCGGAGUCCGAGCGCCACGAGGUCCGGCACGAUCCAGUGGCGAGGUCGGGCGCCGGCGGAGGUCCCUUUCCGCCGGUGCAGCUGGAUGACAGCUGGGUCGCCCUGGAGUCUCGGCUGGGGUUCAGGCGGGGCUCUCCAGUUGACGUCACGUUCGCCACCGUCUACGCCAUGGACGACCGCGCGCUGGCCUCGUUCCCAGAGGGGGUCAUCACGCUUGGCCGAGUGGGGACCCUGUCCGACGAAGUGCCGAUCUCGCCUCGAGACGCCCAGGAGGAUGUGCUGGACGAGCGCAUCCUGAGGUACCGACGGAGCGGGAGUGGCCAGCGGCGUCGUGCCUUCGCGGAGGUCGUGGCUGAGCAGCGCGAGGCGCUCACCACGGAGGAGUGGCGCGCGCAGGGGCCCGCUACCAUCGGCCGGCUGCUUCAGGCACACCUGGGGCAGGGGAGCGGGCCCGUCCAGCGACACUAUUGGUGGCGACAGAUCCUGGGGUUGGCCGCGGCCGACCCCGGGGUCGACGAGCACUUGUUCCUGUGCGAGCUCAUCGAGACGGCAUCGACGGCUGACCAGCUCAACCUCCCGGGCUGCGAGGCGUUUGAGCUGGCGGCCAGGCGCUUCCAGCUCUGGGAGGAGGUGUACUCGGAGGCGCUCCGCCAGGUCGAGGUCGCGGGCACCGCUGGGGCCACUGCCGACUCGGACGGCUGGCUGGACGAGCGCAGGAUCUUCCUCGGGGGCACCCGCUCCAAAGGGCAUGCUCUCGUGUCGCCGCCCCUGGAGAAGCACGCGGCGGAGAGGAUGCAGGAGGAGAGCGCCAUCCUGAAGGAGGUCUGGCUGCGCGAGGGCAUCGCCGCGCUGAACGACCUCGGUGGACGCGGGGCGGACAUCCCGGUGGGGGCCCCCACGGCCUGCCAGGUCGCCGCCGUGCGGCGCCUCGCGCAGCUCUACGGCAGGGUGGAGCCGCCGCCUUCCGACGUGACUCCCCUGGGGGCGUGGCAGACGCUCCAGGCUUCGCGGAACGGCUAUGCAGACGUCAUGGCCGAAGGUGCAUCGACAACCUACAGGAAGGGGGCCAUGGCGCUCCCGCGGGCUGCGGCAGGGCGAGUGCGGCUUGUUGACGUGCUGCCGCCGCACCUGCAGUCUCUUCUGUCUGAUUCGUCGCAGAUGUUACAAGAGCCUGAGGCUCGCAAUUUUGCUUUGGGUGAGGCUCCCAGGGUCUGUGCCAUGGACCCAGUGCUGCAGCGACAUGGCUACCAGUUAGGCGAGUGCCUUUCCGAGCUGCUCUCCGCGGGCAUCAUCGAGCGCGCGUCCGAGGGCAGCAUCAUCGAGCGGGCUGGCAUCUUUUUCGUCCCAAAGAAGGACUCGUCGCUUCGGCUGAUCUUCGACACCCGGAGGUCCAAUGCCCAUUUCCAGGACCCGCCCUACACCUUGCUCGCGAGCGGGGAGGCCCUGGCGAACUUGGAGGUUGAUGCCGCUGAGGGGGUCGCGGUGGCCUCAGGCGACGUUGAAUGCUGCUUCUACCAAUACGAGCUGCCUUCCUGGGCACGUGCCUUCUUCGGUUUGCCAGCGGUCCAAGCACGUUUUUUGGAUCCAGCAGCCCGUCAGCAGCUCGGGGUUUCUGAUCCGUCCGAGAUGAUCCACUUCGUUGCCAGAGUGGUGCCCAUGGGCUGGUCGUGGGCCGUGCACCUCAUUCAGGAGGCCCACGCACACGUCCUGAGCACCGUCAGCCCGGAGGCGCCCUGGAUCGCCGACAAGGCAGCGGCGACCCCACCCUGGAGGGUGGAGCGCAUGUUGGCCGCGCUCAGUGCGCGGGGCAUUCAGGCCUCUUUCGACCGCGAUGAUGGGGACCUGCACACCCUGCUCGGCUUCGUGCUGCACAAGCCCUCGGCCACUUGGCGUCUUUCACAGAGCAAGUUUUGGCGACUGAAGUUCAGCUUCGAUGUUGUGCUCACGCCUGGACGCCUCGUCACGGGGCGCGAGCUCGAGAGGCUGAUGGGCCAUAUCACGGCCGCCGUCAUGCUGCAGCGGCACAUGCUCUCGCUCUUCCAUGCGAUCUAUGAGUUCUGCAGGCGCUCGCGUGACAAGCGGCAGCCACUCUGGUCGUCGGUGAGGCGGGAGCUCUCCUGGUUCAGAGCGCUACUGCCCUGCGUGACAGUCUCGCUGAGUCUUCGGCGUGUCGGCAGCCUCUCGGAGCGCAGCCGGUUUAGAGGGGUCCUGACGGCCGACUACGCCCCCAGGGACACGCUGGUCGAGCAGCAGCUCCUGCACGCCUCGGCUGCCGACGUCACCGCGGAGGGCACCCUGACCCACUUCGAGGAGGUGCCUGCAGCGCGGCUCUUGGCCGACCCAUGGGCGGUCGCGGCAGCGCGUCGCUGGCGGCGGGCCGCGGCCAUCCACGUCUUGGAGGCUGAGGGGGCGCGCUGGGCUGUGCGGCGCCUUGCUCGCAAUUCGCAGCUGCACGGACAUCGGCACCUCAUCCUGGGUGACAACCUCGGGGCGGUGUGCGCAUGCGAAAAGGGCAGAGCGGCACAUUUUGCACUCAACGUCGUCUGUCGGGAGAUCUGCGCCAUCUCAAUCGCCGCCGGGAUGCAGCUCAGGUUCAGAUGGAUUCCUUCAGAGCUCAAUCCUGGAGAUGCUCCCUCUCGCAGGUUCAUGCCAGGCAUGGGAAAGCAACACGGUGUCGGACAAUGCGGUACACCCUCAGCCAGGGGUGAGAAAGGCACACAGCAGGCUGGUCCUCUAUCCGGAGCCAUCGGCUCGAGGGAGCACAACCAUGCCAGUGACGGCUUACUGGCUUACUUACGCCAGGGCUGGACAUCCCCAGCGCCGCUGAGCGACAGGCCCGCAGAGGUCUGUGCGCGACGGGCGCGGCUGUGUCCGCGGCUCUCGCGACUGGCGGCUCGUCGGGUGCGACACGCUACCGUGCUCUCGUACCUGCGGGCGCUGACCGUGCUCUUGGGCUGGCUACGGCUCCUGGCGCUGCCGUGCUGGACCCCCGCGCAGUGGGGCGAGACGCUGGUGGACUAUCCCGAGUGGGCCUUCGACCGCGGCAUGGGCCGGGAGGCGUUCUCGCGCACCCUCUGUGCCGUGGCAUGGGGCGAGCCUGCGCUGGGAGGCCCCGUGCGGCGCCUCUUCCCCGCGGGGCACGCGUCGCUGUCAGGCUGGACGCGCCUCCAGCCGGGACACUCCCGCCCGCCACUGCCGCGGGCAAUCGCCCUUGCGAUGGCUGCCGUGCUGGUCUCGAUGGGCAAGCCGGACUCGGGUCUGUGCAUCCUGGUGGCCUUCGAGUGCUACCUGCGCCCGUCGGAGGCCGCGACCUUGCUGGCCAAGCAGCUGCUUCCAGGCAGGUGCAACGAGGUCGGGGUGCUACAGUACCCUCUCCUCAUUCUGCACCCAGAGGAGCUCGCUACCAGCUCCAAGACGGGCGAGUUCGACUCCACGGUGGCGUUCGACCUUCCUCGACAUCACUGGAUUGGGCGCGCGGCCGUGCGGCUGCAACGGCUUCGACGCAAGGGCGAGCUCCUGUUUCAGAUCUCGUACCCACAGUUCCUGGCCGACUUCCAUGCUGCCUGUCACUACCUCAAGCUCGAAGGUUUGGGCUUCUCGCCGCACUGCCUGAGGCACGGCGGCGCGACUCACGACCGCGCUGCAGGCUGCCGCUCACUGCCGGAGGUGCAAAGGCGAGGAAUGUGGAGGGCGGCGUCAUCGGCGCGGAGAUACGACAAGGCAGGGCGUCUGGCGCUGGUCACGCGGAACCUCAGCAGCGCCCACAGGAAAGGCUGCGAGGCAUGGGCGGCAGCCGCCCAGCGGCUCUUCGACAACGCCUACGUGCUGCCCUCCGCGCCGGCCGCCUCGGCGAGCGCGGUCGGCGCGCCGGCGGCACUCGACGCGCUCGCGGACGGCGAGCACCUCGACGGCGAGCCGCUCACGGACGCGGAGCUCGCGGCCGCGCUGGCCGAGGCGGAGGAGCCUUCGCUCUCCGGCCUCGGCGGGGCUGCCAGCCUGCUGGCGUACUUGGACGCCGCCGCCUUGGACGUCGCGUAUGCGGAGUCCGGGCAGCGAGAAUUGAGCGGCAGCCUCGGUCACCCCCAGGAGUGUGACGUGUGGGUGACCCGGGACGAGCAGUUGGUGUUGAGCCACGACUUCAACUUCCAGGCGGUCGCCGAGGACCCGAGCCAGGACCUGGCCACGAGGCCCAUCGCGGAGCUCCGCUGGGAGGAGCUGCGGCGGCUGCGGCUGCGCACGGACUGCAAGCCGGUGCUGCUCCUGACGGUGCUGCAGGAAUUUGACCUGCUCCCCACCAGCACGCGCCUGGCGAUCGAGCUCAAGAGCUCCAGCUGCGCGCCGCGGCUGGCGGCGUGCCUGGCCGAGCGGCCGGAGCUGUCGGCGGCGGUGGGCUUCGUGCUGAGCUUCUCCCUGGGCGUCCUGGAGGCCUUCGCCGCGACCCUCGGGAGGGUGGCCGCGGACACCCGCCUGGUCUGGAUCGUGGAUAACCCCAGGGUGCCCUACAGCGAGGGCGGCCUGGACGAGGGGGAGACCACCUUCGACUACUCCGCGGAGUCCCUGCCCGACUUCCUCGAAAGGAUCGGGGACGGGGCUCACCGAACGCGUGCGGAUGCUAGGCUGCGGCCUCUACCUGCAGUACAACCUUGCCGUGACGGCCCAGGCUCUCUUCGAGCUGCGGGCCGCGCUGCGCAGCGUGUCCAGCUGUGGCAUGCUCGGCCUCUGGAGCGACCGCUCGCUCGACCCCGGCAUCGACUCGGCAGAUGCGCUGUCCUCGCUGCUGCCCGCGCUCGACCUGGCGAACUCCGACCUGCCUGGAGCCUUCUUCGGCAGCACGGGCGUACCGCAGCCAAUUCAGGUGAACUGAAGCCCGGGCCGCCCAAAUGUUGGUCCGAGUAGAAUGUGUCGGAGGAUCGCGCCGCAUCGCUGGUUCAUCAGCGAUGCGGCGCGAUCAAGACCACCCUAUCUACUCCAGCCCCGCUUGGGCGGCCUCAAUGAAAUAAACAUGAAAUCACAAUCUGAGGUUCAGUGCCAGGCUUCCAUUAGAAGCAUCCUCGCCAGCUCUUUGGGCCGCGAUGUAGAUAAAUGUCGCUGGCCGAUCGGGCCUCGGUGUGCACGUGCGCACGGCAGGCUGCGCCGCUUCUCCCAGGCCCGUGUUCUCCGUUCGUUGACGGGGUCGGUGCCUUCAAUAGUAUACCAGUUGACCCGUUUCACGCUGUGGCUUCAGCCGUGCAGUCGCGUUAUCUUUUUCUCAUCUCUCUCUCUCUCUCGCUCUCUCUCUCUCUCUCAUUCUCUUGUUCUGUUUGCUACAUAGUUUUUUUGCUCUCUCUCUCU